AUGUUAUCGAUACAAACGUUGCUGGUCCUGGUCCCGGUCCUGGUCCUGGCCCUGGCCGGUGGCCACUCACUGGUGAGCGCACGGGAUGAGCCGCGUCCAACGGCAGCGCCGCUGCUCAGCUCCACCAUGAAGCCAACGACUGGACCCAAAACGGAAUCGAAUCCAAUGAAACCGCAGAUGAUCAUCAAUGCACCACCCAUGAAUCAGAAGCAUCUGGUGCCAGUGGACACCGCCAAGGAGACACAGCAGCUAAAGUCCACUUUGCAGGUGAAGGAUGCCAAGCCAUUGCAGGUGACUGGUUUCAUUACCAAAUCGGGCAACAUCUACGAGAUUGAGGAUAAGAACGGCAUCGGCCGCAUUGAGCCACGUCAGGCUGAUCAGGACUCCCAGAUCGUUUGCACCUAUGGCAAUGUGGUCGUGUACAGCGAUGUGCCUUGCGAUGAAGUGACCGGCGUAAAAGUGGGCGACGUGCAGCCGUCCGAGGCUGAGGAGGCGCUUCAGGAGCAGCCAAACGCUGAGGAACAGUCGCCGUCCAGCGAUCAAGGAGAAAAUACACCACGUCAGCAGGCUCAGCAGCAGCGUCGCCGACGUCGUCGUCGUCGUCGUCCAAACAAUGGCAAUAUGCAGCAGCGUCGUCGCGGUAAUGGCAACAAUGGUCUUGGGGGAAGGCGUCGUGUCAUCCGAAGACGCCGCGUCCGCCCUAGCAACAACAACAACAACAACUAUGGCAAUCGACGCACUCAGCAGCGUCGCCGUCGUCCCAAUCAGCGUCGAGGCAAUGGCAACAAUGGUCAGCGCCGUCCGGUUAACAGACAACAACAGCAGCAGCGUCGUCGUCAGCAGCAGCGUCGUCGUGCGCAGCAGCAGCGUCGUCGCCAGCAGCAGCGGCAGCCACAACGCAGACGCCAGCAACAGCGUCAGAUUCACGACGGCGACGAAAUGUAA